AUGAUGACUCACACAUUAGCAGGCGAACAGACACGUCUUGUUCCUGGGUCUAACUCAACUUCUCGUUCAAGGGAGAGGCGUAUUUCAAAAAGAUCUAAGAUAAUCGUAUCCACGGUGGUCUUUAUUGGGUUGCUGCUAGUUUUAGUGCAACUGGCAUUUCCAAGCAGUUUUGUAUUACGUUCUUCUUCGCAUAAGAAGAAGAAUGUCAUAUUCUUUGUCACAGAUGGGAUGGGGCCCGCAUCUUUGUCCAUGGCAAGAUCAUUUAAUCAACAUAUUCAUGAUUUGCAGAUAAAUGACAUUCUGACACUCGACCAGCAUUUUAUCGGCUCCUCCAGAACAAGAUCUUCGGACUCACUAGUCACCGAUUCAGCUGCGGGGGCCACCGCAUUUGCAUGUGCAUUAAAGAGUUAUAAUGGGGCAAUCGGAGUGGAUCCGGAUCACAAACCUUGUGGCACGGUGCUCGAGGCAGCUAAAUUGGCAGGUUAUCUCACUGGGCUUGUGGUUACAACGAGAAUCACAGAUGCCACUCCAGCCUCAUUUAGCUCUCAUGUUGACUACAGGUGGCAAGAGGAUCUCAUCGCUACACACCAGUUGGGUGGAUACCCCCUUGGAAGAGUGGUAGAUUUACUAAUGGGUGGUGGCAGAAGCCAUUUCUACCCGCAGGGCGAGGAGGCUUCUCCAUACGGUCAUCAUGGCUCUAGAAAAGAUGGAAGAGAUUUGAUUGAUGAGGCUCAGUCCAAUGGCUGGCAGUACGUCGGCGACCGUGAAAGCUUCGAUUCUUUGCUGAAUAGCCACGGUGAGAACGUUACUUUACCGUUACUGGGCCUCUUCGCAGAUAACGAUAUUCCAUUUGAAAUCGACAGAGACGAAAAGGAGUAUCCCUCACUCAAGGAGCAAGUCACCGUGGCUUUGAAUGCUUUGGAAAGAGCUUCCAGCGAGGACAAAGACUCAAAUGGUUUUUUUUUGAUGGUGGAAGGCUCCAGAAUCGAUCAUGCUGGCCACCAGAACGACCCUGCCUCACAAGUCAGGGAGGUUCUAGCCUUUGAUGAGGCAUUCCAGUAUGUUUUAGAGUUCGCUGAAAAUUCUGACACUGAAACUGUGUUGGUGUCCACAUCAGAUCAUGAAACAGGUGGUUUAGUCACUUCAAGACAGGUCACUGUUAGUUAUCCGGAGUAUGUCUGGUAUCCCCAAGUACUUGCCAACGCCACCCAUUCCGGUGAGUUUUUGAAAACGAAGCUGGUAGGUUUUGUCCAUGAACAUGAAGGUUCAAUUAGUAAGAUCGAAGAUUUUAUCAAGUAUGAGAUCCUGGAAAAGGAUUUGGGUAUCUAUGACUACACGGAUAACGACGUGGAAACAUUAAUCCAUCUGGGUGACAACGCAAAUGCUGUUCAGGACAAAUUGAAUGACAUGGUUUCAUUUAGGGCUCAAAUUGGCUGGACUACACAUGGCCACAGUGCAGUCGAUGUUAACAUUUAUGCAUACACCAAUAAGAAAACUACAUGGUCAUAUAUAUUGGAGAGUUUACAAGGUAAUCAUGAAAAUAUCGAAAUUGGCCAUUUCUUAGAAAACUACUUGGAACUAAACUUGAGUAAAGUCACUGAUUUGAUUAGUGACACCAAACACUCAUCAGAUUUUGAUUCUGCAGAAGUAGCCAAUGAGGUGCCUCAUUAUGAUGAAUACUAUCAUGAAUUGUCCAAUUGA